AUGGAUGAUUCCUCUAGUUCAUAUUACUUACAUAACAGUGACCAUCCAGGUCUUCUUUUGGUUUCGACACCACUUUCAGGUUCUAACUUCAAUUCAUGGCAUCGUGCCAUACUGCUUGCCUUGACGGCCAAAAAUAAAUUGGUCUUUAUUGACGGUACACUUCUCCGUCCUGCCUCCACUGAGCUUUUAUUCUCCUCCUGGAAUCGUUGUAAUUCCAUGGUUAUCUCUUGGUUGCUGAAUUCGGUCACCAAGGAGAUUGCUGAUAGCCUCCUCUAUUUCACGAACGCGUAUGAAGCUUGGGCAAAUCUGAAGACCAGGUUUUCUCAAGCGAAUGGUCCUCGCAUCUUCCAACUUAAGCAGCAGAUUUCAUCCCUGUGUCAAGGUUCUAUGGAUGUCAAUGGUUAUUACACCAAACUCAAAUGGCUUUGGGAUGAAUUGCUCGAUUAUGCUCCCCUGCCUUCUUGCACAUGUGGAGCUCUUCGACACAUUCAUUCUCAUUGUGAGCAGGAUCACGUUUUACAGUUUUUAAUUGGACUGAAUGACUCAUACUCCUGA